CUAAGGGUGGACUGGAAAAGCAAGCCGAGAAAAUGAUUGCCCUUUCGAAUUCAAAGUUACCACCCAUUGAUGUAGGAAGAACUGUCAUUUUACGAGUACCUGAUGUUGACAGAGGUAGACUGGCCCUGAGAAAUGUGCUAGCUGUUGUUCUCAAUAUUAAUGACUCUGGACUUUACCAGCUUGGAACGAAAGAUGGAACUUUGCAGUCACUUUAUUGCCGUAAUGAAUUUACAUUAGCCGACUCCGACUUUAUUGAUAUUUCGUCAGUUCCGUCAACGUCUGUGUCCCUCCGAUCUACUUCUCGUUUAGCAUCUGGAUCGAAACAGGCUUUAUACAGUGUAAUUGCAAACGAUAUUGCAUCGACAAAAAAUCCGCAUGUAGAGCCAAGACAGUAGUAUGUAACAGCAAAUAUGUCACA